GCCCCCAUCCUGAUCACGACCCCGGAGAAGCGCAUGGCCGGCCCCACGAUGAACCAACAGCAGAUGAUCGAGCGGGAGGCGAACGCGCCCAUGACGAACGCGGGCCUCGCCAUGAUUCAGGUCAAAGCGCAGGGCUCGGACCUCUCAGCGAUGAUGUGCAGCGACCCCUUCGAUCCGCAGGCGGAACAGUUGGUGUGGCCCGACUUCCAAGACUUCGAGAACGUGAACCUACGCCCUGGAACGCGCGCCGCCAAGAUGUGCUGGGGCGAGGUGGAGGUCAACGGCGGCGUGCAGCAGGCGGCCUGGGCGAACGUUUCCGGUGCGUAUCAGGCGCCGUCCGAGCUCGCGAAACAGCUUGAUCUUCCACCGAACUUGUUUUGGAAGUUCGUGGGCCGCGAGAAGUUGCCAGAGAUCCCCGACCAUGCCCACCUGGAGUUCCUGCGCGGCGGGAACGCGCUGCAACUGCCCGCAGCGACAGCCACCGCGCACUCCGGCGCAGGGGAAGCACGCGUGGCUGCCGACGGCAGUAUCGACCGAGCACUUCAUAUGAUUGGCGACAGUUUGAAGAGCGAGAGCCGCGCCGACGAGGGGCCGCCCGAGUGGCGCCAAAAGACCAGUGCAGACUUCGUCAAGAGCUUGCUCUUCGCGUCGACUGCGGGGUCUUCAGGUGGUGGGUCUGCCGCGCCAGGAAUGGCGCGGCCUGCCGAGGCUCCAGAGGCCCCCGCGGCGGUUGGGGCCGUCGCGAGGGACCCCGUGGAAACGGCCAGGGAGAUAAUGGGUAUGGUGGCGACUGACUUUGAGGACUUGCCGAAGGACAUGAAGAUCCUCCUCGGGUUGGUGCGGUAUCUGAGCGAGGCGCCCAUAUCCGACUGCGCUCUCUCCAACCGCCGCCGCCUCAUCAUGAUCCUCAUCGUCGAAGGUGAUCGACGGCGGGCGCAUUCGAAGAAGUGCUUCUACUGCGCGGGCGGUUGCUGGGGCCAAGUGGAAGCCUUCGACGUCAAGGGCUGGGGUUACCUCGCGGCGUUGGAGGGCGUGUUCACGAAGAUUGGCGGCGCUGGCGUGGACGAUUACAAACGCCCCGACUGGAAGUGGUCUGCGCUCCAGGGCGUCGUCGGCCAGAUGCUGCGCCUGGGCGCCGCGACGCUCGCCGCGCUGCGUUGGAAAGGCAACUGGGCCUUGAGAGCGGUGGACAUGGUUUUCACGUUCAAGGCCGUAGUGGGCAGGGGGGCGACGCGCACCCCCCUCGCCGUGCCCUUCCUAAAGACGCGCGACGCGCCCGAGCCCCGGCCCCAGGGCGUGACAUUCGCCGAUUGUUACCUGGACUCCAACUGGGACGUAUCCCCCCCGCAUCCCGAUCACAACUGCUACAUGCGCGUGCUCUGCCGGUUCUUCUUGUCGGAUGGCGACAUCAAUGCAGCGGGGAUCGACGUCGCGAAGUGGGGCGAGCAGUUGUCGCUUGAGCUGGCGCCGUUGAAAUUGACUUUCCUGCGGGUCAACUCGGCCAAGAUGAACUUCAAGAUCGGGCGCGGAGGAGACGGCCAGCACGCGGGGGCCACCUUGCAGCGGAACCUCGUCGGCGAAGCGAGCGCCCAUUAUUUGGACUGCAGCGUUUUCUACGAUCGGUCCGAGCGGCGGAAGUCGGGUGGGUUGGCAGCGUGGAACAAAUCCAUUGUCCGUAUACAAGAGUGCGACGCCAACGCCCACAUGGUGUCCGACAGCUGGAAGCGCUCCAUUGUCGGGGAGGAACUGUCGCGCCGCGUCAACUACAGAUUCCCCGUCCAGAGGACCUUCGGCGAAUGCGAAAGGGGCCAGGGGUUGAAUGGCGAGAACGUUCCAGUCCUGGAGGAGACAGGAACGUCGCGGAAGAAGUCGCGCCAGCAGUUGGAGCGGCGGAUCACGUGUUCCCGCAUGGGGAAAGCAACGUUUGUGCGCGAUGAGGAGGACGCGCGCCGCGAGGAGGGCCGCUGUUCCUUCAAGUAUUUGCGCCCCUUUGCUAAGAAGUGCGCGGGCCGCGAGUCGCUGGUGAUGCUGGGCGACAUCGUAGCAUUGAGCACGGAGAUGUAUAGGGAUCUUGCGUGGCUAGCCUCCAGGCUCUCCGGCGGCGUCGAUCCACGCCUCGAGGGCGACCAGCCUACUGACGCGGUCGAGAGGAACUUGAUUGCGUCGCCCCACAUGAGCACGCCCAUGAAGGCCGUCGUCAAGGCCCGCCGCAUUGAGAACGUCGACUGCGCACCUGGGGCGCGCAAGCCAGGGAAGAAGGGCGCUUCAAAGAGGCAGAGCAGCACGGCCGCCACAGGGAAGUCGAGCUUGCGCCGCUUUUCGCAGUGCGGCACCAACGCUUUGCGGAAGCUCAUGGUUCACAGCGAGAAGAUGGUGCAGACGGGCGUGUUCGGAGAUAGGGAAGAUUGGGGUAAUUCCUCCGACGACAUCGACGACACCGCUAUGCUGAUUGCAGAUGGCUCCGUCGACUGGUACAGGAUGGUCUCGGAGCCCUUGAGCACUUCCGUGACGCCGCUUGACAGCUUUUCCAAAACGAAGACCAGCUGCGCGCACAUCGCCCGCUGCCUCGCCCACUACAACACCGUCGAGCGGACAGUCACCCUGCCCAUCGACUACUACAUCCCAGACCCAUGCGGACGCUCAUUGUGCCGAGGGGUCGGCGGACAAAAGUUCACUCGCGAAGCACGGGGUGUCGCCUCUCCCGACUGCGUCGAGAGCGACUCUCCGCGUUGCCACCCGCGCUCAUUCAUGAAGGCUCUGCAGGCGCGCGGUCUGUGGACCGAUGACAGGUUCCCCAUGAUCCACAAGUCCUGCGCCGAGCACAAGAAGUGGCGGGAGACCACUGCCACGCACCUCGAAAUCUCCACUGACGAGGCCAAGGGUUGA